AUGGAUUUUUCUAUAGUUUUAUUGCUACUCUCGGUCGUGCUCUCACCUGCCCUCACACCUGUCCGCUGUCAGGUGGCGGUGGCCUGCAAUUCGCGAACCGCACAGAAACGCAUCGUUAUCCGCAGUCCGGCAGCCAGCGAAUUGGCCAAGUUGGACGCGUGCCAGUACCGUGUGGCCCCGUGGAGUGGUCAGGUGUGUCAGCUGCUCGUCCAGUUCGAUCGCCUGGAGCUGCCCCAGCCGCAGGUGAACGAGAGCACUCGGCUGCUGGAGUGCCUGGAUUUUGUGCAGGUUCAGCGCUUCCGGCUCUGUGGUCGCAGCAGCGGCCAGCACCUGUACUUACCCAUUGGAGGAGGAGGUCAGGAGGUGGAGUUACAUUUUCGUUUGGUCACAGCCUUGGGGAAGCAGUCCAGUGCCUGGCAAUUGACCCUAACGCAGCUGGAGUGCCCCAGGAGUAGCACCAAGGACCUGGUACCCAGGCAACCCAUUAUGCCCACUGUGCGUCCUAUUCUGCCCUUUUUGGGGAAUCUUUUGCCACGUACUAUUUUCGGUGGAGCAUCUGGAAUUGGUUCGGGUUCUGGACCCGCUGCUCAGCUCAUACAAUCCUUGAGGACACCCUCGUUAUCCGAUCUGGAGCUACUGGCUCCUCUGGGUUGUGAUCAGUACUUUAGGACUCCAACGGGGGGCAUUGUGAGCUUCAAUUUUGCUGGAGGAAUCUAUAUGCCGAAUGUCAGGUAUUCAAUUUGCGUGAAGGGAGCGGCAGACAGUGAGAUAAGCUACAAGAUCGAUCACUUUGAGCUCUCGAAGGCCAAUUCCCAGGAGCCAGGACCUGGCUAUGACAGCGACUGUCGCAGUACAGUCAAGACUGCCGGACGUGUGUCCGACUAUCUAAGUGUUCCCAACUCGUACCUGGUGUCCCGUCCAGAGCUCCAGGCCACUCACUACUGUGGGAAUGGACUCAAUGGACAGGAGCUCAUCGCCCGGCCACCCUUCGUCCUGCUCUUUGCCAGCGAUGCCCAGUCGAGUGCCGGCGAGACGGGUUUCCAACUCACCUAUACGGUGCGCAGGGCACAGGAUACAAUGAGUCCUGCGGCAGGACUGUAA